AUGGGCUGCGGUGCCUCUUCGAAACCAGAGAUCGACUUCAAGAAUGGCAAGCCGACGUUCAAAGGCGACGAGAUCGUGCGCGGAUUCAGCGAAGGCAACGGCUUGCUUUUCCGCAUCGCGAACAACAAGAAGAAGCAGUGGGCGUACUACAACGACACGACGCAGUACGAGAUGCACGUGAAGGUGACAUUCGGCGAGGACUGCGACAUCAAGGCGCUGGGCAAGACGCACCUGGAGCGGCUGGACACGGGCGAGUACGUGGCGACCAUCGUGGUGUACCCGUGCGAGACGGAGAUGUUCAUCGAGGGCCGCGUGAACGGCUUCAAGGUGAGGAUGGACGCCCUCCCUCUCUCGGAGGAGUACAAGCGCCGCUGA